UUUCUGAGUCAGAAUCCAGAUAGACACUAGUCAGACAAACUGCUGGAAUCACACACAACAAAAAUCAAAAAUCCAACUGAAGAAGAAGAAGAAGAUUAGAACAGAAAACAACAAUUCAAGCUCUGGGGGAUUAGGGUUUUCCUUGUUUUCCACAGAUUUGUAAAUAGUGGGUUGGAUUUUGAUGCAAAUUGGAUAUACACUGAGAUGGAUGUUUAAGGUUGGUUUUUUCUUCCUUUUCUAUCUUUUUUUCAGGAUUCUGAGGCUCUGGGUCUGUUUAAUUGAUUGAAACUGAUUAGAAAGGAAUCAAACUUUAGGGAUUUUCAUGUUUCCUGGAUCAAUUAGGGUUCAAUUUUUUUGGGUUAUGAAUAAUAUUUGGGUAAUUUUCAUCAAUUAGGGUUCAAAUUGUGGGGAAAAAUUGGAUUUUUAGUAGGGUUUGCGUUGAUUCUUGUCAGUUUGAGUGGAUUUGAAUCUUAGAAUUGGGAUUCAGAUUCUGGGUUAUUGAGAUCUUGUGGGUUUGGUCAAUGUACACAUCAUGAUGAGUGGCUAUAGGUUUGGUAGUCCAUGGAUAGCCCAACCAAGAGCAUCACUGAUGAGCUACUUGAUGUUGUAAAGUCCUGGAUGCCUCGCAAAACUAAGGCUGCUAAUGUCUCUAGGGACUUUUGGAUGCCGGAUCAUAGUUGUAGAGUAUGCUAUGAAUGUGAUUCGCAGUUCUCAACCUUUAAUAGACGGCAUCAUUGUAGACUCUGUGGAAGAGUCUUUUGUGCAAAAUGCACUUCGAAAUCGAUUCCGGCUCCAUCUGACGAACCGAAUACUGGGCAAGAAGAUUGGGAGAGGAUUCGGGUCUGUAAUUAUUGUUAUAAACAGUGGGAAGAUGAAACAAUGGCUGUCAGUAAUGGGGUUGAAGUUACGAGUCCGGGGAUUAGUCCUACACAUUCAUCAACAAGUUUGGUCAGUAGUACUAGUGGCACUGGUAAGUGUAGUAGCACUGCUGCUUCGAUGGCAAUAUCGACUGAGGCUUUCCAGCAUGUAUCAAAUAGUAGUGGUCUCAGCCCUAGUGGAAAUGGGAAAAUGGAGCCGGUUACAGAUAAGCAAGACUUAGCAGUAUAUGGAAAUAACGCAGAUCCCUCGGUGGAUUUAGACGAUCAGUCUGAUAACAUCUUCGGGUUUUGCGAGCCCAGGAGUGAUGAUGACAAUGAUGAUUAUAGCUUUUAUCAAUCGGAUUCUGAAACAAGAGACCUUUCACAGGCUGAUGGCUACUAUGGUUCUGUUACUUACGAUGACAUAGGCCACCCAUAUGUUACAGUGAAAGAAAGUUCUGAAGAAGAUAUCGACAGAAGAGACUUGUCCAGCUCCCCGAUACAUGAGAGCUUGGAUUCUCAGAAGUUAGAAGGUGUAGAUAAGCCUGGGCAAUUACUAAAUGAUCAAAUUGAUGGCAGCAAGGGUGAAACAGCCUCUUCUUCAUCUGUCGUGGAGGGUAAGAUGGUUGAGCCUGUAGAUUUUGAGAAUAAUGGUCUCCUCUGGAUUCCUCCUGGCCCAGAAGACGUAGAAGAUGAUAAAGAAGCUAUCCUAUUUGAUGAUGACGAAGAUGAUGCCACUGGGGAAUGGAGACACCUACGUCCUUCAACAAGCUUUGGUGACGGAGAGUCCCGUACUAAGGAAAAGUCGGGUGAGGAACACAAGAAGGCCAUGAAGAACGUUGUUGAUGGUCAUUUUAGGGCUUUGGUAGCUCAGCUGUUACAGGUUGAGAACCUUCCCGUAGGUGAGGAGGAUGACAGGGAAAGUUGGUUGGAUAUAAUAACAUCGUUGUCUUGGGAAGCCGCUACACUCCUUAAGCCUGAUACAAGCAAAGGAGGAGGGAUGGACCCUGGUGGAUAUGUGAAAGUCAAGUGUCUGGCUUGUGGUCGCCGCAGUGAAAGCAUGGUGGUCAAAGGAGUUGUUUGUAAGAAAAACGUGGCCCACAAGCGAAUGACAAAUAAAAUAGAGAAGCCAAGGUUCUUAAUCCUUGGGGGAGCUCUUGAGUAUCAGCGGGUUUCUAAUUCCUUGUCAAGUAUUGACACAUUGCUGCAGCAGGAAAUGGACCAUUUGAAGAUGGCGGUUGCAAAGAUAGACGCUCAGCACCCUACUGUACUUCUGGUAGAAAAAACAGUUUCACGGUUUGCUCAAGAGUACCUCCAUGCCAAAGACAUAGCACUCGUUCUUAAUAUCAAGAGGCCACUAUUGGAGCGCAUAGCACGCUGCACUGGUGCGCAGAUCGUUCCCUCAAUUGAUAAUCUUUCAUCUCGAAUCCUGGGGUUUUGUGACACAUUCCGUGUGGAAAAGUUUCUUGAACAGCAUGGCAGUGCUGGGCAGAAUGGAAAGAAGUUGGUGAAGACGCUGAUGUUCUUUGAAGGAUGCCCUAAACCAUUGGGUUGCACCAUUUUGCUUAAGGGUGCGAACGGGGAUGAAUUGAAAAAGGUGAAGCAUGUGGUCCAAUAUGGAAUAUUUGCAGCAUAUCAUUUGGCUUUGGAGACAUCUUUUCUAGCUGAUGAGGGAGCCUCCCUCCCAGAGCUUCCCUUGAAAUCACCAUUAACAGUUGCACUACCAGAUAAUCCAUCCAACUUUGGCAGGUCCAUUUCUACAAUACCUGGUUAUACUGUCUCUUCAACUGCCAAGGCUCAGGGGGUUGAACCACAGCAGCCCUACAACAACCUCACAGUAGACAUAGCUUCGCCAAACCAAAACUCCUCCAUUAAGAAAUGGGAUUUGACCUUGUCACCUUCUUCAACUAAAAGCCCUUGGUCUCAAUACACAGGACCACCAUCAAACUAUAUGAAUUCUCCUGGACCUUUCUCUUCUUUUACCUCUCCAGGAAAGUUCAUAUCUGGUCCUUAUGAUGAUCCCUCGUCAUAUUAUGGAUAUGGGGAGAAAGGUUCAGUGGGUUUUGGUGAAACCUUCAAUGCUAAACCUUCUGCAUCUGACGGCAGCCUAGUUGCUGUUGGUGAUCAUCCCAGUGCAAAUAAUAUUCGGGCCUUGGAGGCCACAGGUCAAGGUGAAGGCAGUAAUCCGCAGAUUAAUAGCAACUCGAUGGUUGUGCGUGAACUAAGUUCUUCAGAUUUGACAACCUUAGAGCAAGACCGUAACAACAGUCGUGAGGAGCAAGGCUCGUCCAAGGAAGACUUUCCUCAAUGUACAACUGAUCAUCAGAGCAUAUUGGUUUCAUUAUCAACUCGUUGUGUUUGGAAAGGAACUGUUUGCGAACGAGCCCAUCUCUUUCGGAUCAAAUACUAUGGAAGUUCUGAUAAGCCCUUAGGACGGUUUUUGCGAGACCAUUUAUUUGACCAGAGUUUCAGAUGCCGCUUUUGUGAGAUGCCAUCAGAAGCACAUAUUCAUUCUUAUACUCAUCGACAAGGUACUCUUACGAUUUCUGUUAAGAAGCUUGAGAUUCUUUUACCGGGUGAAGGAGAAGGCAAGAUCUGGAUGUGGCACAGGUGUCUACAGUGUCCACGCGUCAAUGGGUUACCUCCUCCUACUCUAAGAGUAGUGAUGUCUGAUGCUGCUUGGGGUUUAUCGUUUGGGAAAUUCUUAGAGCUUAGCUUUUCAAACCACGCUGCUGCUAGCAGAGUGGCAAACUGUGGUCAUUCUCUACAUAGAGACUGUCUACGGUUCUAUGGGUUCGGAAGGAUGGUUGCUUGCUUCCGUUAUGCAUCAAUAAAUGUGCAUUCGGUUUACCUUCCACCUUCAAGAGUUGAUUUUAACUAUAAUAGGCAGGAUUGGAUACAGCAUGAAGCGAAUGAGGUGGUCAACAGGGCAGGACAUCUGUUCGCUGAAGUAUCAAAUGCUCUUCGCAAAAUUGCAGAACAAAGAACUGGGUCCAGAGGCCUUAUUACAGAACUGGAGGGGUUACUAAAGACAGAGAAGGCAGAAUUUGAGGAAUCUCUCCAGAAUGCACUAAACAGGGAGGAAAAGAAAGGGCAACCUGUCAUUGAUAUUAUUGAGAUAAAUGGUUUAGGGAGGCAAUUAAUCUUCAAUAUCUAUCUGUGGGACCAGCGCCUAGUUUAUGCAGCCAGUACAGAUAACAAGACUUUUAAGGAAAAACUGAGUACUUCUGCACCGAAACAGCUUGAUAAAUCCGUCAGUACUGAGAAGCCUGCUGAGACAAACUUAACUAUCGUGCAGGAUAAAAAUUCUCUGGUAGAUGUGAAGUCCAAUGAAAACUCUAAUCAGGGAGGAGAGCAACAUAAUGAUCUUAAUACGACUCUUCAAGGAAAAUAUGUGGACCAUGAUCCAAAUCUAAGUAUGGAGAGCCAAUCUACAUCAUUAUCUUCGAGUAUCAGCCUUGGUAAUCAAUAUAAUCCUUUGGAAUCUGGGUUAGUAGUUCAAAGGUCUGCUUCGACUGGACAGUUUCCUAGUGCUGAAAAUUUGUCUGAAACACUUGAAGCUGCGUGGACAGGUAAAAAUCAACCAGGAAAUAUAACUGUAAAGGAAGAUAAUACUGCUGGCUCGGAUGAUUCAAGUAUGUUAGGCGUUGUGAUGAAAACAGCACAGUUGGAAGAUCAAGCAGAAGAGGACCGAGAAGGCUUACAGACAACUCAAUUGAAGGUAGAUAACAAUCUGGAACAGUGCCCAACAUGGGUGAGGGUUCCUUUUCUGGAGCUGUACCAUUCUAUCAACAAGAACUCACUGGGGAGAGCUCCAAAGCUCGAUAGCUCUGGUCGGUAUGAUCCUAUAUAUCUUUCAGACCUCUACCUUCCUGUCAACAAGAAUUCAUUGAUGAGCACUCCAAAGCUCGAUAAUCUUGGGCAGUACAAUCCUGUAUAUCUUCCAGUGGUUCGGGAGUUGCCACGUUUAGGUGGAGCCAGGUUCUUUCUGCCAAUAGGUGUUGAUGGGACUGUUGUGCCAGUUUAUGAUGAUGAACCCACAAGUGUUAUAUCAUACGCAUUAGCUUCCCCGGAGUAUCAUUCCCAGAUUUCAGGUGAGAGACUUAAAGAUGGUGGGGGUUCAUCUGCUUCUUUGAUGUCUUAUGAUUCAGUGGAUGUUCACAUGUCUCCUCAACUUGACGAGGCAGCUUCCGAAUCUCUUAGAAGUGUUGGGUCUUUGGAUGAAAGCAUCUUAUCCAUGUCUGGUUCACGGAGCUUCGUUUUAGACCCUCUACUAUAUUCGAAGUCUUUGCAUGCCACUGUUUCUUUCACAGAUGAUAGCCCACUAGGGAAGGUGAAGUACACAGUGACAUGUUAUUACUCAAGUAGAUUUGAGGCUCUUAGGAGGAUGUGUUGUCCUUCUGAGCUCGACUUCAUAAGGUCUCUUAGUCGGUGUAAGAAAUGGGGGGCUCAAGGUGGUAAGAGUAAUGUCUUCUUCGCGAAAUCAUUGGAUGAUCGGUUCAUCAUCAAACAGGUUACAAAGACAGAGUUGGAAUCUUUCCUCCAGUUUGCUCCAGAGUAUUUCAAAUAUCUCACUGAAUCAAUUGAUACAAGAAGCCCAACAUGCCUUGCGAAGAUUCUGGGGAUCUAUCAGGUUACAUCAAAGCACCAAAACGGUGGCAAGGAUGCGAGGAUGGAUGUUCUUGUUAUGGAAAAUCUUUUAUUUCAACGAAAUCUUACAAGACUCUAUGACCUGAAAGGAUCAACUCGGUCUCGGUAUAAUGCAGAUGCAAGUGGGAGCAAUAAAGUCCUUUUAGAUCAGAACCUAAUUGAAGCAAUGCCAACUUCUCCCAUUUUUGUGGGAAACAAAGCUAAGCGGUUGCUAGAGAGAGCUGUCUGGAAUGAUACUUCUUUCCUUGCUUCAAUUGAUGUGAUGGAUUACUCAUUACUGGUUGGGGUGGAUGAGGAGAAGCAAGAGCUUGUUGUAGGAAUCAUUGAUUUCAUGAGGCAGUACACUUGGGACAAACAUCUAGAGACAUGGGUAAAAACUUCGGGCAUCUUAGGUGGAGGUAAAAACUCCACACCUACUGUAAUCUCACCGAAACAAUAUAAGAAAAGGUUCAGAAAAGCCAUGUCAGAGUAUUUCCUUAUGGUCCCAGAUCAGUGGUCUCCUCAAAACAUCAUCCCAAGUGCGUCCCAAUCUGACCUUGGUGAAGAUAAUGCAAAGGUUUCGUCUCCCUAAAGUUAUACAAAGGAAACAGUUUGGUUGUAAAUUAUUCCCAGAUGUAGGUUUGGAAUCCCCUUCUUUAUAUAUAGUUCGUUUUUUCAUUCUUACAACCUAUUAUAAUUCUUUUUUUUUUUUGCUGCCUCAUUUUCGGUAUCUGUGAAAAUAUAUGUGAAACAUUUGUUAGAAGAUGCAGAACAAGGCAGUUCCAGUUCGGGGAAAUUCCCGUCACAGGUACAGUUUAUUAGAUAGCCUGUCCCUGAACUAUCCUGUACCUCUUUGUUGAUGUAUCAGUUAAGUUAAUAAUGAAAAAAGAAAAUAUAUUCGGUUACAUUAAUCCCUGAAGUAUACAGUUAUUCAUUUGUGUAACUAUAUUUUACAUUUGAAGAUUUUUCCUAUACCA